CGUUUACCAGGAAAUGUAGUCGUUAUGUCAACUGAUGACCAUGGAGCUGUCGACAUGGACCUUCCAGUCUGUUUUGAUCACAAAACGUUGCUUUUAGGUUUAAACUGACUAGUUUAAGAAUGAAAGGUGUUGGCCGCGCUGUUGUGCUGCUGACCUUUGUGCUGUUAUUUGUAAACCCGUGCGUGCCGGAGCGAGCUGAGAGAGAAAAGUCGCUGGACCUGCGUGUGAGAGAUGACGGAGGCAGUGUGAAGCCUCAGGAUGACACUCCAGCUGAAAACCCCAAAACAUUGACAAAACCUGGAAAAGAUGACGGAGCCGUUUCAGACCAAGAAGGAAGAAAUAAUGACGUGCCGUCUGUCAGCAAGUCUAAUGACACUGAUAACUCCAGCAAUGAAACCCUCCCCUCUACAACACCUACUGUCAAGCCAACGACCCCAGCACCACCAACCCCCAAGCCCAUUCUACCUGUGCAGACAGGUGUCAAGGCCCAAGAAGAAGAGCAGUCCAGUGGGUUGACCAUAUUCUUCAGCCUGCUGGUUAUUGGUAUCUGCAUCAUAUUGGUGCACCUGCUUAUCAAGUUCAAGCUGCAUUUUCUUCCAGAGAGCGUGGCUGUUGUGUCUCUCGGUAUUCUGAUGGGAGGCUUCAUUAAGAUCAUCGAGUUCCAGGAACUUGCCAACUGGAAGGAGGAGGAAAUGUUCAGACCCAACAUGUUCUUCCUUUUGCUGCUGCCACCCAUCAUCUUUGAAUCUGGAUACUCUUUACAUAAGGGUAACUUCUUCCAGAACAUUGGCUCGAUUACGCUCUUUGCUGUGAUCGGCACAGCUAUCUCUGCCUUCAUAGUGGGAGGAGGUAUCUAUUUCCUCGGGCAGGCUGAUGUGAUCUAUAAGAUGACUAUGACUGAUAGCUUUGCCUUUGGCUCACUGAUCUCAGCUGUGGACCCUGUAGCUACCAUCGCAAUCUUUAACGCCCUCAACGUGGACCCGGUCCUCAACAUGCUGGUGUUCGGUGAGAGCAUCCUCAACGAUGCAGUCUCCAUUGUCCUUACAAACACAGCGGAGGGGUUCUUUUCUCGCUCAGACAACUCCAUGGUAACAGGCUGGGAGACCUUUUUGCAAGCUCUGAGUUAUUUCCUUCAAAUGUUUUUUGGUUCUGCUGCCCUGGGAACCCUCACUGGUCUCAUCUCGGCCAUUUUUCUAAAACACUUUGAUCUGAGGAAGACUCCUUCACUGGAGUUUGGUAUGAUGAUUAUCUUCGCGUACCUCCCCUAUGGCCUGGCUGAAGGCAUCAAACUGUCUGGAAUAAUGUCCAUCCUGUUUGCGGGAAUUGUGAUGUCUCACUACACCCAUCACAAUUUGUCUCCUGUCACCCAGAUCCUCAUGCAGCAGACACUGCGCACUGUGGCCUUCAUGUGUGAGACGUGUGUGUUUGCCUUCCUUGGACUCUCUAUCUUCAGCUUCCCUCACAACUUUGAAAUAUCCUUCGUCAUCUGGUGCAUAGUCCUGGUUCUUCUCGGCCGAGCGAUAAACAUCUUCCCUCUGUCUUUCCUGCUGAACUUCUUCAGAGACCACAAGAUCACCCCCAAAAUGAUGUUCAUCAUGUGGUUUAGUGGUUUGCGAGGCGCUAUCCCCUACGCUUUGAGCCUUCAUCUGGGUCUCGAGCCCAUUGAGAAGCGGCAGCUAAUUGGCACCACCACCAUCAUCAUCGUACUCUUCACCAUCCUCCUCCUAGGGGGCGGUACCAUGCCACUUAUACGAAUUAUGGACAUUGAGGAAAGCCAGUCGCGACGUAAGAACAAGAAAGACAUCAAUCUCAGCAAGACAGAGAAAAUGGGUAAUACCAUUGAGUCUGAGCACCUAUCAGAACUAACAGAGGAGGAGUACGAGGCUCAUAUCUACCAGAGACAAGAUCUGAAGGGCUUUAUGUGGCUUGAUGCUAAAUACCUUAACCCCUUCUUCACUCGCAGACUCACACAAGAGGACCUGUUACAUGGCCGGAUCCAGAUGAAGACGCUGACCAACAAGUGGUACGAAGAAGUCCGCCAGGGUCCCUCAGGAUCUGAGGAUGACGAAGAUGAAGCAGAACUUCUGUAAACUAAACAAACACUUUCAAUUCUUAGGAAAACAAUGAAUGGACAUUGUGUGUCCUGGCUGAAGGAGUGUGUGUGAGUGUGUGUGUGUGUGUUGGGUGUGUGCGAAGACAAGCAGUCUUUUCAGUGUCGGUCACAUGCUUUUCUCGUUUGUUCACCUGCCUCCAACUUUAUGUGACAGAAGAGUUUCAGUCAGUGCCCACAGUGCAUUUUUAUACACAAUGUGGGCUGGAAUGUGUCAAAUCAACUUGUAGUCCCAGUAAAACUGGAUUUGAAAAUUGUAACACUGGAUGAAGCAAGAAGAUGAUCUGUGAAAAUGAUAUUCCUCAUAUGAAUGCCAUAUUGUUACAUGCUAAAUAAAGAUUCCCCAGGUGGAGGUUUCUUUUACAAAAACGUUGGCCCUGAAGGGAAAAACAGGGGAAAGGAAAGCUGAGAGGGAAAUCUUAUAUGUAAAGCAACACUGAUGCACCUUUUCACGUUUUCCUUUUCACGUUUGUAUUGUUUACUGCUAUGUGGCACUGUCUUCUUUAAGCUUUGCAUGGAGUUUUACUUUGAGUCUGGGAAAGAAAAUUACAUAAUGUCGCUAAAUGCUCAAUAUUCAAAGUGGAAUUUGUAAUAAGGCACAGGUAGCUGCUUUGGCUUCCUGCCUGAGUCAACAUUUAACAUUCACACAUAAUGAACGUAAUGAAGAUAAAUUACCACAAGUGAUGAAUGAGAUACUACUGCACUGGUGGCAACAAAGAGAAAUGCAGGAGGGAGUUAAACUAGUAAGAUGUAUGGGGUAAAACUGAACAUUAAAAAUUAAAUUUAUUUAUGGUUCUAGUUUGCUGUCCUAAAUUAACUUGUUUUAAUUCUCUUGCCAUAACAUUGUGUAUAAAGCAGAACUUCAGAUGUUGCUUUUGUGAUUUUUAACCAUAGAUUUUGAAUGAAGGGCACCAAUGAAUGUGUGGGCAACCCGGGAUAAUGUCUUGUGGAUGUUUAUGUAUUUUGUUUCUAUUUAUUUGUCAGAUCUCUCUGUGCUGUUUGUGGGAUAAAGGCUUUUAUACAAGCUCUAUGAGCACUGCAAAAUUAUAGAAAAAAUGUAUAAUAAAAAAAAUAUUGACAUCCUA